AUAGACAAAUGAUGUAAAGUGUAAACCUAUAGUCAAAAAUAAAAUCUCCAAAUUAUUUGACGUAAUCGAAACCAAUGGAAACUAUCUCUUCACAACCUAACUCCGAAUACUUGGACGAUGAUGGCCGUCCUAGAAGAACAGGAACCAUUUGGACAACAAGCUCUCAUAUUAUAACAGCUGUGAUUGGAUCUGGAGUACUGUCUUUAGCAUGGGCUAUUGCACAAUUGGGUUGGAUUGCUGGUCCUACUGUCAUGAUGCUUUUCAGCUUCAUCACUCUGUAUACUUCAUCAAUGUUAACUGAAUGUUAUCGUUAUGGUGAUCCUCUUUUUGGGAAAAGAAACUAUACUUACGUUGAUGCAGUUCAAAACAUUCUCGGCAGGUACCAUUACACAGUUUGUGGAUUAGUUCAGUACAUAUGUCUUUGCUGCAGUGCAACAGGAUACACAAUUGGAGCUGCCAUUAGCAUGAUGGAAAUAAAAAAGACUAGAUGUCUUCAUAAAUCAGGAGGAAAAGAUCCAUGUUUGUUUUCAAGCAAUCCAUACAUGAUCGGUUUUGGAGUAAUUCAAAUUUUCACUUCUCAAAUUCCAGAGUUUCAUGAAACAUGGUUGCUCUCAGUAGUAGCAGCAAUCAUGUCUUUCGCCUAUUCCAUAAUCGGCUGCUUUCUCGCAAUCUACCAAGUUGCAGUAAACGGUACAUUCAAGGGUACAAUAAUCGGAGGAAGCAGUGGAAAUGUGUCAACAACAGAUAAAGUAUGGGGAAUUUUCCAAGCUCUUGGUAACAUAGCCUUUGCUUACUCGUACUCUCAAAUUCUCAUUGAAAUUCAGGACACCAUAAAAAAUCCACCGUCCGAAGUGAAAACAAUGAAGAAGGCGACAAACUUGAGUAUUUUUGUGACUACAGCUUUUUACAUGCUUUGUGGUUGCAUGGGCUAUGCUGCAUUUGGAGAACAAGCACCAGGGAACUUGCUCACUGGAUUUAGUUUGUAUAAUCCAUCUUGGGUCAUUGAUUUAGCGAAUGCCACGAUCGUAAUUCAUCUUGUUGGAACAUACCAAAUAUAUGCUCAACCUGUGUAUGCCUUUGUGGAGAAAUGGGCGGCGAAAAGAUGGCCUAAAACAAAAGUGAAUUUCAGAGUUUUUCGAGGUUACAAUCUAAAUCUAUUUAGAUUAGUUUGGAGAACAUUGUUUGUGAUCAUAGCGACUUUUGUUGCAAUGUUGAUUCCUUUUUUCAACGAUGUUCUGGGAUUUAUUGGAGCAAUAGGGUUUUGGCCGUUAACGGUUUAUUAUCCGGUGGAGAUGUAUAUCUUGCAGAAGAAGAUUCCAAAAUGGAGUAGUAAAUGGAUUUGGUUGGAAAUCAUAAAUCUUGUAUGUCUUAUUGUAUCGGUAUUGGCUGCUCUUGGCUCAACUGCUAGCAUUGUGGUUGACCUAAAGAAAUACAGGCCAUUCGUCACAGAUUAUUGAACAUCAAGUAUCUACCACAAACUCUUUGGCUUGCACACGAGAAAAGUUAAUACAAGACAUUUAUCUUUUAUUUUGUAUUGAGAUUUGUAAAAAAAAAUAUAUUAUGAGAAAUGCUAUUUCAACACAUGAUUUUGACACAAUAGAUGGAGUAAUUUCAAAUUUUCAACCUUAUUUUAAGGCAGUUUUGCAGCCAUCCUUUGCAUGUCACAUGUGUGGUCUUGGAUUCAAGACUUGAAUUCUUGAGCUACAAUGAGUUAGGGUGAGUGUUUAGACUUUGAAGGAAAAUUGAGAAGUUGAAACUCAGGUUGUAAUGUUCUAACUUAAUGAAAGAGUUGGGCAAGUAGAAAAUUGAAAAAGUUGAAGGUCAAGUUGGUUGUUAAGAGGAAGAAAUGGAAAUGACUUACUAAAUUUUUAUUAUUGUCAAGUGGGAUUAUUUUCAUGGUUGAAUACUUAGAAUUUAGAAAGGAAAUUGUCGAGUUUUGUUUCUAAUGUUAGAUGUAUUGUUGAAAUAGUGUAAUAUGUUACACUUGUUUCUAAGGAAAUUGUUUCUAAGGAAAUUAUACUAUAAGGCAUCCUUAGUCUCUCUCGGAUUAUAUUGUCCUCCUCUAUUUUCCACUAGAUAAUAACCCAAAUAUCUAGUCCUAGAUCCGUGUGCAAGUAUGGACCAGACUAUCUACAUUGUUGUACAACUCUUCCGUUACCUCCUCUGUUAGUGUUUCUUCCUCUGUUGGCAUCAACGACACUUCUUUAGAUGUGGAAAUUACGUAGGUUGAGAUAUAUGAAAAUACCACAUGAUGUAUUUCACUGAAGUCUUCGAAUUGUGCAGGAUAAGGGUCGCCUUGACCUUCUCCAGACAAUAUAUGGUCU